ACGAACAAACACUCACGGUCGUUGUAUCAGCGCCAAGCGGAACAGUUGAAGCAGGGGCUUUCCGUUCCGCCUCACCAUCCCGGGCACCCAACAUGAAGCUGAGCGAGGAUGCACAGCAGGAACUCUACGCCUGGAUCGACGGGGUGCCGCUGUCACGACCCAAGCGGAACAUCGCCCGCGAUUUCAGCGAUGGAGUUAUGGUUGCUGAAGUGGUGAAUCACUUUUUGCCCAGAUUGGUAGAAAUGCACAACUAUAUUCCAGCAAACUCCACCCAACAGAAGCUGAGUAACUGGCAGUUACUAAACAGGCAAGUGUUUUCCAAAUUGCAUUUUCGUAUUUCUGAAGAUAUGCUGAAAAAGUUGGUUAAGAGUUGCCCUGGAGUUAUUGAACUGGUUUUGCAUACGCUGAGACAGAAGAUUGGGGAAGAACUCACUGGAAUACAAGUAAGAAAUAGACAUCUUGUCCAUAAGCAGGAUGUGGAAGAUUAUAGUGAUAGAACUGAUAAGAAUUUUCCAGAUUACAUUCCUGUCAGCAUAUAUCCAUUUACAAAGGAAUGCCAACCCAAACCAGAAAUGUACAACAAUCCCAGAUCAUUUUGUGAGCAGUAUUCUCACUUGGAUCCAGCAAUCCGUUUCCUGUUGGAGGAGAAAGAACAAGCUUUGUUGGCUCUUCAUGAAACCGUGGAGAUUCUGCAGAUGAAAGUACAGAGACUUGAGCAUCUGGUUCAGCUGAAGGACCUGCGAAUUGAUGACCUGACAAGGCAUUUGAAGAAACAGAAAGCAAAGGAGAUAGCAAACUGUCAAUAACUAAAUCAAAAAAAAUCUUUUACAUCUUUGUAGGGGAGAAACAUGUGGUGGAUGUGUUCUUGGUGGAUAUGUGUGUGUGUGCAUUAGGCUCUAGGGAUUACAGGGACUCUGAGCCAUCUCCUAGAGUCAAACUUGCCAGUGCCUGUCACAACCAACUGUGUCCCAGUCCCAGUGCAAUCUUCUACUUAAGCAACCAGAAAAGCUCAGAGAUGUCAUUAGUUCUUAUCUAAAUACCCUAAAAAAUUAAUAGUUUCUUAAGUGGUGAAAGUAGUUACCACAGACAUAGAUUCUACUCUUUGUACAAUGUUUUACUGCUGGUCGAGAUGUGUAAUUUCUACAGUAAAACAUGGAACAUGAAUAAGCCAUGUUCUGUCUGGUUAUACUGAGCAGUAGAGUCCAGACUAACUCCAGAGAAUGGCUGCCUUUCACAGUAAAUGAUGUUAAACACAUUGAAUUUAUUGCAGAGUUGGAAAUAGAACUGGAUUUAACCCAUGCUCAUCAGACAGUGAUUGCAUGCAACAUUAAAGUGAGCCUGCCUGCAGUUAGGCGAUAUAACUCAGCGCAUCCACGUGAGACCACAGUGCUGUAGAACAGAUAUGGUGAGUUGUCUGUAAUCCUGUGGUACACACCUUUCUUACACCACAGAAUGAUACAGCACAGGAACAGACCCUUCGGCUCACAAUGUUGUGCCGAUCCAAUUAAAUAAGUAAUCAAAGCAGCAGCAUAGAACAUAGAAAUUUACAGCACAUUACAGGCUGUUCAGUCCACAAUGUUGUGCCGACUAUGUAACUUACUCUAGAAACUGCCUAGAAUUACUCUGCUGCACAGUGCUCCAUUUUUCUAGGCUCCAUGUACCUAUCCACAAGUCUCUUAAAAGACCCUAUUGUAUCCGCCUCCACCACCGUCGCUGGCAGUGCAUUCCGUGGAUCCACCGCUCUCUGUGUGAAAAACUUACCCCUGACAUCCUCUCUUCCAAGCGCCUUAAAACUAUGCUGCCUAUUUAUUUAUAUUUGCAUUUGCAUGGUUAGUUGUCUUCUGCAUUGAUCCUGUUAUAGUUAUUAUUCUAUCGAUUGAUGAGAAUGCCUGAGGGAAAAUGAAUCUUAGUGUUGUAUAUGGUACUUUGAUAAUAAAUUCACUUUGAAUUUUGAACUUUGACCUGACCCUUGCUGAGAAUCCCAGGCAGACCUCACCUGCCUCAUCCUUGUUUCUUCAACUACACCAUUAACUGCACCCCCUCCUGACCUCUGUAGCACCAGAUAGAGCCCCCACACGCGAGAUAUGGCCAGUGAUCUCUGACACACAUGAGAUAAUGUUCAGUUCAGAUUGCAUGUCUCAGGCAUAAGUGGGAUUAAAUGGGGAUUAAUAAAGUAGGAUUAAAUCCACCCUACAGUAUGAAGUUCCAUCAGAAAGGACAAGAUAGGAACUGCUGAGAUGUUUGCUGCUGCUUUUGUUCCUGCACAUCCUCUCCCCCCACUGUUACCCCACGAGAAUGUUCUGUCUGACAGCAGUACCUCCAGCUGCCAGGAGGAAUGUGGGAACUCAGAGGUUCAAAACUUCCCCUGUCUCCUGGAAAACCAAAGCAGCAGCAGUCUGGUGGAAGACAAAUUCUUUACAUGAUUGUUCUGACCACAUUAGCCGCUAAUGCUGGAAAGAUGAUGAUGCAAUUAAGUUUCUCCCUGGGAGAAGCAUUGCUGAGACCCUCACAAUUGUUUCCAUGCAUCGGACAUUUGAAAAGAUAAGCACAAAAUCCCCCAAAUCCCUCAGUAACUAUCCCAUUGUUAGACUUUUAUGUGAACUUUUUAUUUACAUUUUAAAGCUGGCAGCUUAUAAAUUCCACAUGGCUUACAUAUGGAUUAAACUUCUAAAAUAACAUUUUUUAGAGAAAUUUCUUCUGCAAAUAAUCAAGUUUUAUUAUUAAUAAUUGUCUGGGCAUUCCUUUGUGUGGAUUUGGUGUAAUCUAUCUAUGUUUGGUGGCAAACUUCAGUGUUAUACAAAUCAAAUGAGAUUUUGAGGCUUAGGUCAACAACAUUGGCUAAUGUUGGUUGCAUUGUUAAAGAUAAGAGGGACAACUUUGACUGUAGCUUUAAUAAUUGUACAAAUAUUUUCUAGCAGACAAACAAUUCAUUGCAACUUAAUUCCCUGGGCCCUGCAAGUGGAAAACUGCUUCUCCAAGGAAGCAAAUGUUGACACAAGACUGAUCUGCAGCAUAGAGUCCAGCAAAUAUCUCAGUGAUGUAAGCAAUUGUUUGGAAAAAGUGGUCAGAGAUAAGCUUAGUCUUGUGGAGUGAUACAGUUUGUUUGAGGUUAACUCAUUGGUACAAGGAUGAUACCAAAAGGAGCUAAAUUAAAACAGUCUGGUGUUUAAUCACACUGACUGUUCAAGCCAUGAAAUUUGUAAGACCCUGGAUGAUUCAGAUCAGUGUAAUACUGUCCUUCAUAACUCAAAGCCAUUUCAUUUUGACCUUUUCAAGCAGAAUUCAGAGAACACUUUAACAGAAAUAAGGAGAGAAAGUACUGGAAGUUCCAGUAUGUUAGGCAGCAUCUGUGCAGACAGAAACAGCAGGGGAGAUGAGACCUGGAGCUGGUCAGCCAUUAACUUACAAAAUGUUGGGGCAAGCUUGAGGGGUCAGUCGGUCUCCUCUUGCUCCUUUUAACUUUGUUUCUGUCUGCUGAAACAGAGUUAAUGUUUCAAGUUAGUAACGGUCAAAAUGGACCUGAACCUGAGUAUUUGCAUCCCACGGGGUCUGCUGAGCUUUUCAGAUUUCAGCACCUGCAAUCUCUGGUUCUACCUCCUAUUCUUACCAUAUUACCUCACUACUGGGCUGGGCAGUUUCCGAUCUCUCAUUCCCCCUCCAUGUUUCUACUCUACCUACCCCCUCCCAGUUCCUGCCCCUCCUACAUCACCCUCUCCAUUCCUACCCCUCCAUGUUCCUGCCCUUCCUACCUCACCCUCUUACAUGAUCCUGCCUCUCCUAUCCCACCCUCCUCUGUUCCUGCCCCUCUUUCAUACCCAAUAUUCCAAAUGUCCUGACCAAGAUUUAUACAAUUGCCAUCUGACCUGCCAUCUUUGUGCUGAAUACCAUGACCAAUGAAGGCAAGCAUGCCAUAUACCUUCUUUUCUGCGCUAUCUGCUUGUCUUGCCACUUUCAGGGACUUGUGGACUUGCACCCAGAAGGAUCUUGAUAUUUAAUGUUCCCUUACAUUUGACCUGCCAAACUGCAGCUCCUCGCACCACUUCCUUCCCACCCAGCCCCCAGUCCCCAUUGAACUCCAUCUGCCAAUCUUUCGGAGAUGAAUAUCUUACAGUUCUUAUCUGCUGUACACAGAAACCCUGAUCUACCAUGUAUCCACAGAGUGAACUUCACUGGUGUCAACAUGUUCGGUAUGAAGGAAUCGCAGAUUCACCCAGACACACUGUGAUUCCAUGUAGACCCAAUGGGCAGAAUUAAGUUUGUGGUUAGAGUGAGUCAAGAUGAGCUCAGGUCUGGCUCGGGUCCAGUAAGGAUGGUAUCCAUUACUUUAAGGAUAGUCAGCAAACACUGUUGAAAGGCGAUACGGAAGAGCUGAUGAUGGAACAUGAUCUGGACAAGUUGCCAUAGGAAGGAGUGUGGCUGAAUAAUGACUGGUUAUUUUAGUUAUAGCAUGUUUGACAUUGGAGACAGACAUCAAAAGUUUGGAGAUUCUGUGAACUAAAGAUCUGUCUAAUCCCCUUGACAGAGAGUGUUACUCACAUCUCUGUGUCCUGACAACAGACAAUAGCUGCAGGAGUAGGCCAUUCGGCCCUUUGAGCCAGCACCACCAUUCAAUGUGAUCAUGGCUAAUCAUCCACAAUCAGUACCCCGUUCCUGCCUUUUCCCCAUAUCCCUUGACUCCACUAUCUUUAAAAGCUCUAUCUAACUCUUUCUUGAAAGCAUCCAGAGAACUGGCCUCCACUACCUUCUGAGACAGAGCAUUCCAUAGAUCCACAGCUCUCUGGGUGAAAAAGUUUUUCCUGAACUCUGUUCUAAAUGGCCUACUCCUUAUUCUAAAACUGUAGCCUCUGGUUCUGGACUUCCCCAACAUCAGGAGCAUGUUUCCUGCCUCUAGCGUAUCCAAUCCCUUAAUAGUCUUAUAUGUUUCAAUCAGAUCCCCUCUCAUCCUUCUAAAUUCCAGUGUAUACAAGCCCAGUCGCUCCAAUCUUUCAACAUAUGACAGUCCUGCCAUUCUGGGAAUUAACCUCGUGAACCUAUGCUGCACUCCCUCAAUAGCAAGAAUGUCCUUCCUCAAAUUUGGAGACCAAAACUGCACACAACACUCCAGGUGGGGUCUCACCAGGGCCCUGUACAGCUGCAGAAGGACCCCUUUACUCCUAUACUCAAUUCCUCUUGUUAUAAAGGCCAGUAUGCCAUUAGCUUUCUUCACUGCAUGCUUACAUGCAGUGACUGAUGAACAAGGACACCUAGAUCUCGUUGUACUUCCCCUUUUCCUAACUUGACACCAUUCAGAUAGUAAUCUGCCUUCCUGUUCUUGCCACCAAAGUGGAUAACCUCACAUUUAUCCCCAUUAAACUGCAUCCGCCAUGCAUCUACCCACUCACCCAACCUGUCCAAGUCACCCUGCAUUCUCCCAACCUCCUCAUAUUUCACACUGCCACCCAGCUUUGUGUCAUCUGCAAAUUUGCUAAUGUUACUUUUAAUCCCUUCAUCUAAAUCAUUAAUGUAUAUUGUAAACAGCUGCAGUCCCAGCAUCAAGCCUUGUGGUACCCCACUAGUCACUGCCUGCCAUUCUGAAAAGGACCCGUUAAUGCCUACUGUCCGCCAACCUAUUUUCUAUCCACGUUAGUACCCUACCCCCAAAACCAUGUGCUGUAAUUUUGCCCACUAAUCUCCUAUGUGGGACCUUAUCAAAGGCUUUCUGAAAGUCCAGGUGCACUACAUCCACUGGCUCUCCCUUGUCCAUUUUCGUAGUUACAUCCUCAAAAAAUUCCAGAAGAUUAGUCAAGCAUGAUUUCCCCUUCAUAAAUCCAUGCUGACUCAGACCAAUCCUGUUACUGCUAUCCAAAUGUGCCGCUAUUUCAUCUUUUAUAAUUGACUCCUGCAUCUUUCCCACCGCUGGGGAAGGUGACCCCACCAAGCUGCAAGGAGUCAGCAUUUUGGUCCCAACAUAAAAACAAGGACACUUUCUACAGAUAUGGUGUAAAAAAUAUCCUGACUGCUUACAUCUCAGCCUGGGAUGCCAUCUGCUCUGCUGUGGAGCAAUGCAACUUGCAGAGAGUAGUAAAGGGUCAUCACACCAUUCUAUCCUGUCCAUCUUCAUGGUACAUUGCUGCAGGAAGGCUGACAGUAUCAUCAGGGACACCUGCCACCCUGGCCAUUCCCUUUUCUCUCUUUUAGCUUCUGGGAGAAAAUGCAGGAACAGCUUCUUCCCCACUGCUGGCAGACCGCUGAAUCCGUCCCCUUGCUGACUUCCCCUUCCUGGUGGACCUGCCAUGUUCUUGGACCCUGAACUCUCCGUCUUUCAGUUAUUUGAAGAAAGAUUGAGGGGCAUGUAAUUUUGAGGAAGUAAGGAGUCUGCAGGAGGACAGACAGAUUGGAAAAUGGGGAAAGAAGGUGCACAUAGAAUAUAGUGUGGGGAAGUGUAUGGUCAUGAACUAUGGUAAAAGGAAUAAAGGCAUAGACUAUUUUCUAAACAGGGAGACAAUUCAGAAAUUAGAGACGCAAAGGGACUUGGGAGUCCUCUUGGGGGAUUUCCUGAAGGCCCACUUGCAGGUUCAUUCGGUGGAAAGGAAGGCAAAUCCAAUGUUAGCAUUCUUUUCCAGAGGACUAGAAUAUAAAAACAAGGAUGCAAUGCUAAGGCCUUAUAAGGUAUUGGUCAGCCCACAUCUGGAAUAUUGUGAGCAGCUUUGGACCCCUUAUCUAAGAAAAGAUGUGCUGGCAUUGGAGAGGGUUCAGAAGAGGUUCACAAGAGUGAUUCCUGAAAUGAAAAGGGUUAACGUGUGAGGACUAUUUGAUGACUCUGGGCUUGUACUCACUGGAGUUUAGAAGAAUGAGGGGGGAUCUCAUCGAAACCUUUCGAAUAUUGAAAGAUCUAGUCAGAGUGAAAAUGGAGAGGGUGUUUCCUAUAAUGGGUGAGUCUAGGACCAGAGGGCGCAGCCUCAUAAUAGAGGGUCUUUCCUUUAGAACAGAGAUGAGAAGGAACUUCUUUAGCCAGAGAGUGGUGAAUCUAUUGCCACAGGUGGCUGUGGAGGCCAAGCAACCAAGUAUAUUAAAACCAGAGGAUGAUAAGUUCUUGAUUAGUGAGGAUGUCAAAGGUUACAGGGAGAAAGGGUUAAGAGAGACAAUUAAUCAGCUAUGUUAGAAUGGCAGAGCAGACACAAUGGGUAGAAUCGCCUAUUUCUGCUCAAAUAUCUCAUGAUCCUAUGGUCUAUUUGGUUCUUAACACUUCAGCAUUUCUGUUAAUUCAGCUUCAGACUGCAUGACAGUCCCCACACUGCACUGUUGUGCGCACGACAAUCACUGCACUGUUCUAAUGUUGUAUACACAGAGCCGAAACCUGAUUGACUGGGGCUAACCAAUCAGGAAGGAUGGACUACAAGGGUGUAAAUACCAGUGGAGUAGACAUGCCCAGACAUUAUCCCUGAGCAGACCAUCCAGUUCAUCUGGCAAAAUGCCUCAUCGCCAGACCUCACAAACAAGCACCAAGAACUCACCUGGCUGACGGUGAGAGGGGCCCUCCCAGUCAGAUCCCUCCUGUGCACCCGGAAUGUCGUCUCCACACCCCUCUGCCCACGGGAGGACUGCAGUGAGGAGGAGUCGGUGACCCACCUCUUUGCACACUGUGGCUUUGCAGAGAAGGCGUGGAGGAGGAUGGAAAGGACAGUGUCAAGAUUCAUCUCCAGCAGCUGCGUGACAGAGGACUCUGAUCUAUGGGAUGUUCCCGGGGACGCACACGGAGACCAACAUCCAGUGCUGCUGGCAGAUCAUCAACUCAGUGAAAGAUGCUCUUUGGUCGGCCCAAAACUUGAUAGUCUACCAGCACACGGAGAUGUCCAUAGGGGAAUGCUGCCGACUGGCACAUUCUCAGCUGCAGGAGUACGUGCUGAGGGACGCACUCAAACUUGGUGCAACCACCGCAGGAGCCCGGUGGGGAAGGACCACAGUGCAGGGUUCUUCUGCCGCGGGAGUUGAGGGGUAGGGUGGCAGGGUGUGCACCCCUCAACAAGGGUAUGUAAAUAUGAAAUAACAGAGUGCCAUCUGGGUGGCUAAAAGUGUGGAAAUGUAAAGACCGUAAUGGAAACAUUUGUAAAGGAUUGAGAGACAUUGAAUGGUUUAUUGUACUUAAUUUUAUUUUUGAAUAAAGUAUAUUUUGUUUAUUUUUAUUCUCUCUGUAUUUGCAUAGUUUAUCUUUUGCACAUUGGUUGUAUGCCAUCUUUGGUGUGUGCAGUUUUCAUUGACUCUUUUGUGUUUCUUUGUAGCUACUGUGCAUUAUCUUAAGUACAUGAAUCUCAGGGUAGUAUAUGGUGACACAUACGUACUUUGAUAAUGGAUGCCAAGGUAGCAUAGCAGUUAGCAUGAUGUUAUUUCAGCUCAGUGCAUCAGAGCUCGGAAUUCAAUUCUGACAUCAUCUGUAAGGAGUCUGUACAUUCGCCCCAUGGAAUGCGGGGGCUUUCUCUGGGUGCUCUGGUUAAUAGGUUAAUUGGUCAUUGUAGAUUGUUCUGUGAUUAGGCUAGGGUUAAAUCAUGGUUUGUCGGUCAGCGCGGCUUGAAGAGCCAGAAAGGCCUGUUUCGCGCUGAGUAUCAAUAUAUAAAUAAAUUAGUUUUGAACUUUGUGUCUGCUCACCAUUCAAUCGUGGUUGCUGUAUAUCAAUAUAUAAU